AUAUCAUUUUCGUUUUAUCGUUCUUGAGAAAAGAUCGUCUGCUCCUCAGCCACCAUAUAUCCAUUUUUUCAUCACUCUCUCAAUUUCUUUCUUUUAUUUCCUCUAUCGCCGUCGGCAUAUUUCCGCCGGAAAAUUCACCGUUCAGUGACUGGUGAUCGGUGUCACUGUUAGGUUUUUCGAUUACUUCCGGAGGUGUUUGUACGAGGCACGUAGCUAUUGCGUGUUCUUUGAGACGAAAUUGAAUAGUUUUGACUAUUGAGGAUCACUAACCGAAAGUCAGAGGGGAACUACACAGUAUUUAUGAUUACUUUGAGGUUGCAGGAUCGAAAUGAAUAAGGCGGCUUGGAUGGAGAAGGGUCCUAGACAUGUAAAUGAUGGAGAUUUGGGCCUGAGUAACACGGCUAGAAUUGGAACUAAGAGAUCUCAUCAGUGGUUUGUAGACUGUGCUGAUUCGGAGUUGUCCCCUGACAAGAAGCAAGUACUGCAGACUGUAAAUACUAAGUUGAGUCCAAGAAUUUCAUACACAAGUGUUCCUCCGUGGGAGAACACUUCCAGUCUUCAGCCAGUCCCAAAUCCAUUUGUUGAUAGGUUAAUCGGAUCCGAAAGAGCAAGGUCUGUAAAAUUUUCUGAAAGGAACAUAUCUGCUGUAGGAACAGAUGAUUUGAAUGGUAGAAAGGGUACAGAUAGAUACUUUGGAGAUAAUGUACCUUUUGGUUUAUCUGUGGACCAUGGAGGUCCUGAAACAUGUCUCAGCUAUGCUGGAAUUAGAAAAGUUAAAGUCAAUCAAGUUAAGGACAUUGACAAUGGCAUACAUGCUCUAAGGAGACAUGGUAAUAACAGUGAUCUGUCCACUGAUCAUGCCUUUGGCAGGGAGAAUGAAGCUAAUUAUGUAGCAAUGGGGCAGUCCUUCAAUAAGGAGCAUGACAGUAUGAUACUAGUGGGUCAUGCGUACAACACAGGUGAUGCCCAUAUCCGAUCAGCAGUUCCAAAUUAUGGCAGAGUGGAUGACAAUACAUUAUCAAUAGGUGACACUUUUGGUAAAGGGGAUACUAGUAUAAUUUCUUUUAGUGGGUUUCCUGAUGAACAAGACAUUAUCCCAGUUGGUAGACCUGUUGAUACCUACGACCAAUUAUAUCAUCAAUCCUCAAUGAUAUCAGAGGCACCCUGUGAGAAAGAACCAGAUCCAAUUAAUGUCAAUGCAGUUAUGAAUACCAUAGUCAAACCAAGAUCUGACUCGGUUUCCAAAAAUAAAUCAGAGUAUAAAACAUCAAAGAAAGAGGCGCCAAACAGCUUCCCCUCAAAUGUCAGAAGCUUGAUAUCAACUGGUAUGCUUGACGGAGUUCCUGUGAAGUAUGUUUCGUUGGCAAGCGAGGAGCUUCGAGGAAUCAUAAAAGGUUCUGGCUAUCUUUGUGGGUGUCAGUCAUGUAAUUAUUCAAAGGUGCUAAAUGCUUACGAAUUUGAGCGUCAUGCUGGUUGCAAAACAAAACAUCCUAACAACCACAUAUACUUUGACAAUGGAAAGACGAUCUACCAGAUAGUGCAAGAAUUGAGAAGCACCCCGGAGAGCUUAUUGUUUGAUACAAUUCAAAUCGUCUUUGGUGCACCAAUUAAUCAAAAGUCAUUUCGCAUAUGGAAAGAAUCAUUUCAAGCAGCAACAAGGGAACUUCAACGGAUUUAUGGAAAAGAAGAGUUGAACUUGUAAGAGUAUUUAUAGCGAGGCUUAUCAUAGGUUUAUGUUUACUAUGGUCUUUUAUGUGCAUAAAAAAGAUCGCUUAAAAAUUGGGUAGUAAUUGAUGGAGAUGGAACGAACGAUGAUAUAUUUUGCCGCACAAAGAUGUAAAUCUAGAGAUAGAGCGUAAUUAGUUGUAGUCUUGUAGAGGUGUCACUGUAGAUGGAAUUAUUAUCCUGUUGAGCCUCCCCAUGUUUAUAGUUUCAUAUAUUUAAAGAAGCGUAUGCAGGUUUUAUGCAUAUGCAUAUUCAUUUUGCUUGCUACUGUAAAGGAAAACGAAUUUGUUUAAAGUUCAAGUUUUUUAGCACCA